AUGGCUUCUACAUCCCAAUCCAACUACUACUACGACCCCAGCGCCUACACCUGGGUCCAGCCCACAAUCAUCGAGGACGAUGACCUGACUUUUGACGGCAAGUCCCUGAGCACCUGGUACGAGGAGGAGCGCCGCCACUUGAGCAGUGGCAGCGGCAGCGACGAUGGCGAGGAGCGCCGGGGCCGUGAGCGCGUCCGGAAACACCACUCGAGAUCCAGCAAGUCACACAAGAAAUAA